AUGUCCCCGCGAUCUUCCCCUCGGCGGUUGAACUUCAAUUUCAUGCAGAAGAUGUUCGAUAUGCCGUCGAUUGAUCCCGAGGCUCCGAUGGAGUUGUCAUCUAACGACCUACCGGACCGCCUCCCUUUCCCGCCAACAACCUACUCUCACAUCCUCCAUUGCUCCUACCACGACUGGCAUCCGCGAUACCGCACACUCGUGCCUAAAUCGCGCUGCAUUCCUUUAACAACCGCUUUCGUCGAAUACCUCCGCGCCGACGGCAUCGUCCUCCCACCCGAAGCCGCUCCUCCAACCGACGAUGAUAACCUGGACACAUUCUCCGACUCCGGCGAAGAGGAAGCCGAUCCUUCCACUGAAUGGGCGGGGAUUCACACCCAGAUAAAGAAUACUAUUGCUGAAUUUGGCGGCAUUGUUACCCCAAAGUUGAACUGGAGUGCUCCUAAAGAUGCGACCUUCAUGUCCGCCACAAACGAUACCCAAUGCCGCACCCCGAAUGACAUAUAUCUCCUUCUGAAAAGCAGCGAUUUCAUCACCCAUGAUCUGGAUCACCCAUUUGAUGACUGUGUGCCGGAAACAAAUGACGAUACACCCACAUCCACUGUUGACUCCCCAUUGCCGGAGGUGCCAUAUCACCUGGUUCUCCGUAAGUAUGUCAACUUCAACCCGUCCCUUGAAUUCCGCUGCUUCGUGCGCAACCGUGUACUGCUGUGUAUGAGUCAGCGUGAUCAGAACCACUUCGACUUCCUCUUCCCUAUGCGCGACAUGCUCCGGUCCCGGAUUCAGUCAUUCUUUGAUGAAAAGCUCAAGGACAGCUUCCCGGAACCUAACUUUGUGUUCGAUGUAUAUAUUCCCGCGCCUCACCAGCGUGUCUGGCUGAUUGAUGUGAACCCGUGGGCACAGCGGACAGACCCGUUGCUUUUUAGUUGGUUGGAGAUCCUGAACAUGAAGGAUCCCGUUGGUGUGCAAGAGGAAGAUGAUGGAGCUGAGGAGUUUGUGAGAAUUUCACUCCGUGAUGGCAGCAUCAUUACUUCGGGAACCGCGGAAGAGUUUGACGAAGGAGAUUCAAGCUCCGAAUCGGAGGAAGAGAACGAUGACCCCGAAAAGGAUGAAGAAGCCCCCUUCCUCCCAGAAUUCCGUCUUAUCAAGAAGGAUGAUCCGGAAGCAUAUGCGUUCAGCUCAACACAGUAUUCGGCUCAUAAGGUGCCGAAGGAGUUGGUGGAUGCUUCGCUUGCUGGACCUGGCGGCAUGAGCGAGUUCAUGGGCAAGUGGCACGAGAUUCUUAAGCAGCAAGAGCAGGAGGAUCAAGCAGCGGGUAGUGACUCGGACUAA